AUGCCACAUUCGUGGAAGAAAAGUUUGAUGAAGGUCCGCGCAACUACAACGAUGAGUCAAGUGUCGUUGAGUUUGAUGAUCAUGAUGAGGACGAAAGAAAAAGAAGAAGGUAAAACUGACGACGACAUGGACUCGAGCGACGAUGACAACGAAGACACCAGGUCUUCGAAGAGCAACAUCAAGAGACACACGCGCACUCAAUCACUUGAGAAAGCUACCGUCAUUCCAAGUCCCAAGCGAAGAACAUACAGAGGUCCGUCGCUUGAGCAUGUGUCAGCGGCUGCAAUGGAUUUUGAAGCAGCCUACAUCGUUGAUUCAGUGGGGGAAACGCCGACUACAUUCAAGUCGGCGAUGGAAUCAAGCGACUCCGGCAAGUGGAAAGAAGCGUGUGACUUGGAGUUCGAUUCGCUUCAGAGAAACGACACGUGGGAAAUUGUGCCUCUUCCGAAAGGUCGCAAGGCCAUCGGGUGCCGAUGGGUUUUUCGUGUAAGGAGAAUCAAGAUGGCAGAAGUUGAACGUUUCCAAGGCAAGACUUGUGGCCAAAGGAUUCUCACAGAAAUUCGAGCUGACUAUGAAGAAACUUUCGCACGGUGGCCAAGUUCACAUCGAUUCGUGUGGUGCUCAGUAUGGCGGCUAAGUACGGCCAAUGCUACAUCAGAUGGACGUCAAGACAGCGUUUCUUAA